AUGAGUGUGUCCAGCUCAACCUUGUUGCUUACUGCGGUGCUGAUGACGAUCAUCACGCCCUCCUUUGUGUAUGCUCGAACGAUGGACGUGGAUGAGUGGCCAUCUACUGAGAAUGACCACACAAAGCUACAGAUUGUGCUGCCUGAGAAGCUUAUAAAGAAGGACGGAUACGCGCAUAAGGACGCACUCUUUGGCUACCCAGCGUACUCGAUGGGUUCGUUACAAACACAGCUAUUGUACACGAAUGAGUCUGGCUGUGACGAGAUUGAGAACAGUGGCUGGGAGCCACCCUUUGCGCUUAUGCUGGACCGUGGAGAUUGCCAUUUUGUAGAAAAGGUGCGUCAUGCCCAGCACGCUGGCGCACGGGCUGUGCUUAUUGCAGACCACAAAUGUCUGUGUACAGACGUGGAGUGUCUUCGCGAGACGGGCGAUGACUAUUGUGAGACAGUGUUGCCAUUUAUGGCAGACGAUGAGUCGGGAGGUGACAUUUCUAUUCCCAGUAUGCUGAUUCGUAAGAGUGAUGGUGAUGUCAUCAAACGCGAGAUCGCACAGAGCAAAGGCGUGAGCAAAGGCGUGAGCAAUGUGAUGGUCAAGUUUGAUUGGGGUAUUCCUUCACCCGAUGGUCGUGUGGAGUGGACGCUGUGGCAGAGCGCUUGGGAUGAACAGUCUUCGUCGACUUUGGCUAAUUUGGAAGAGAUGGUCACGGCGCUGGGCGAUCGCGCCUUCUUUACACCGCACUUCGUGUCGUACAACGGAUCUAGGUUGGGUUGCCACGAAGGGGAUGGAGAUUUGAUUACGCUGGAUUGUGGCAAUAUGUGUCUGAACAAAGGUCGCUACUGUCUGUUGGACCCAUCGCCUUUUCACGACCGCUCGACUGGCGCAUCUGGGGCCGAUGUGGUGGUAGAGAAUUUGCGUCGCAAGUGUAUUUGGAAGCUGGAAAAUGAAAAGAACCCAGGUGUUGGGCUGAAGUGGUGGAAGUACGUGAAGGCAUCUGGAGAAGCUUGCGGAAAGGAUGAGAACACUUUUCGCGGGCGAUCUUGUCCUGAGAAGGUUAUGAAAGAGUUGGGCAUUGACAUUAAGGCAGUGGGGGAGUGUAUGCAACCUUACGGUAUCAACGUGGAUAAAGCGAACCUUUUGCUUGAGGAAGAACUUAAGGAACAGACUGCGCUCCAAUUGUUGCAGUUACCGGCUCUUUACGUGGACGGAGUGCACGCUCGCGGCCGUGUGGACCCCACCAGUAUAUUGGGAAUGAUAUGCGCUGGUUAUGGUGUGCAUGACCCUCCUGAGGUGUGUUCGUGCGCUAGUCAGUCAUCAGCGGGCCUCUUGGAUUGCGUGAAGGUGGGCAGUCUUGCGAAUGCUGCCGCUAUUACGGGCAAUGGCGGUUACUCCUUCACGUCCCUGGUGGUCGUGCUGCUUGCAUUUGUGGGCAUUGUGGCUGCAGGUGGCUUUAUCUAUUGGCGUCGUACCCAGCGCCACAUGCGUGACCAGGUGCGCAGUAUUUUGGCGGAAUACAUGCCGCUGGAGGACCAGUCUAUGAAUGACGACUACGAUUUGGAAGACGAAAAGUCUCGUAUGCUGCAUCCAGCGGAGCGCGCUGCUGCUAAAAGCCCACGCGGCUAUAUGCCUUCGCGAGGUUUCUUAGAGGAAGACGAGGAGGAGGGCAUGUAG